GGUAAUAUUUUUUAUUAAGAAAUAAGUAACUAUUUUUAAAAUGUCUAGUAGCAAAACAAGAUGCGAAACACCGAAAAAAUUUUAUGCACAAGAUUAUCUUGAUACAAAUCAAGUUCAUUUUGGUGAUCAAGAAUCUUUAGUGAAUAAUGAAAUAAAAUUGAGCACGAGAGAACAAAAUUUGUAUUAUCCUCCGAAAAAUCCUGAAGAGGGAUUACCAGAACCGCAAGAAUCAGAAGAAAAUGAAAAAGAAGAAGAAUCGUAUAGAGAAUCAAUUUUGACAUCAGUUGGUUGUUCAUCAAGUUUGCCACUCGAUAAAUGGACAAAUCUUGCUCAGCAAACGAGAACUAGACCAUCAGUGGAUAAAUUUACCGUCUCACGAUUUAGUCCCGCCGAGUGGUAUUUACACAAUGAAGCUGUAUCACGAGACGCUGAUGGAUCGAUUAAUGAUAUCAAAAAUAUAGCUUUUACAUCACAUCAAACGGAGAACGAAAUUUACAAUCGCGUUGACGAAAACGAUGUGGAUAAUAAAUAUUAUUUAACAGUUAACGCGCGGAAUUUAUUCAAUUCGAAACGCGAAUUAGAGCGCAUUAACAAAGACGUGACGGAUGAAUUAGAGAGUACAAAAAAUUUAAUACAACAAUUAAUGAAGAGCAAUCGUGCAGUACAAUCAAUUAUAAAUAUCGACCAGGAUUUAAAGCGUGUGAGAAAUACGAGAUUAGAAGAAGAUCUUGUUCAUGAUUCAGUUACUGAAGAAAUACUUAAAGAAGAAGCACUUUGUACAGAAACAAUAAAAUUAAUAAAAAAAUUUAUUGAGGAUGUAAAGAAUAAAGUAAAUGAACUGAAGGAUGCAAAACAACGACUAGAAUAUCAUUGGUCAAAUAAAAAGGACGCAUAUGAAAUUGAUACAGCUUGCAUCGGUUUAAACAAUAAUUCUGAAACAAUCCAAUGGAAACCAGGAUGUGCUCAAUUGCCAGCUGGACAAUGUACACCAGUAGGACAUGAACAAUUAACCAAAGAAUCAAUAGCUUACACUCAAAUAUCAAUCAAUAGAUCUAGAAUACUUAAAUUAAAUAUCAAAGAUCAUAUUGAUAAAUUUGUUAAAUUUUUACUACUCCAAGCUUGUCAAGUAGACGUUGCUUUAGCUAAUAAAUUUAACGAAACUGAUCAAACUUGUAGAAGACUUGAACGUGCUUUACUUGAGGUAAUUUAUUGAUUAUUCAUCAUUUUUAUUUUCUCUCUAUACACUAAUUAUUAUGUAUCAUCAUUA